AUGGCACUGCAAGCGGAUGAAGGGCCUGAAUAUGAGGAACAUGUGUUCUUCGUUCCACAGAAAGCCCUGCUGGUGGUCAAAAUGAAGUUGAAGAAUGACGAGGAGGUCAGCGAUGAGUUGCUUCAAGCCUUUUCUUAUCCGGGUCAUCUGGAGGAUAACGAGAUGCUUGUUCCAAUUGAUUGCGCUAUUUUGGAUGAGCACUUUCCAAGUGAGGUAUCGAGCAUAGACGAAGAUGGUCAACUCAAUGUAGAUCACUUGAUUCAAAAAUUGGGCCACAAAGAGACUGGCCAAUUGUUGGUGCAAGCCCAACAAGCCUUUUUGGCCAAUCCUCAUGGAAUAGAUCCCGCAUUAAGAGCAACGCCCAUGACAGUUUCGCAGUGGCGAAGUGAAGGCUUCUACAUAGAGGGCAUGGAGGAAGAAAUGGCCGAGUAUGAUGAGGAGGUCAACUUGGAGGAAGCUAAUCCGGAAGCAGACAAUGCUCCUGAUCAGCAGCCUGACGGGGCCGAUGAGUCGGAAGAACCAUCAUCCAAAAAGGCCAGAACGGCUUGA